UCCACGUUAUUCUUCUGCAGAAGUUGAGGAGUUUCUGAGGAAGAAUGAUGAUGAUAGAGAGAAGAAGGUUCAGACAGUGAAACGGUGGAUUAAGGUUGUUGGUUGGGAGACGAAGCUGAUUUGGGAGUUAUCAUGGCCUGCUAUAACUAGUGGUAGGAAUGGCUAGUGCAGUUCAAACUCUAUGUGGGCAAGCAUAUGGGGCGAAUAAACAUGCAGUUAUGGGCAUUAUUUGUCAAAGAUCAAUGAUAAUGCAGUUAUUAGCAGCCGUAGUGCUCACUUUCUUCUUCUGGUAUUCUGGUCCAAUCCUUAAGUUCUUGGGCAAAAAUGACAGUGACGAGAUUGCUGAAAUAGGUCAAACUUUUGGACGUGAAAUAAUCCCUAUGCUCUACGCCUACGCUCUCGUAUAUCCCAUGCAGAGAUUCCUCAUUGCACAGAACAUUGUCAACUUUCUGGCUUAUGUAGCUUUUGGAGUUUUCUGUUUUCAUCUUCUUUUCACAUGGCUCGUCGUCUCUGUUCUAGGGUUUGGUCUUCUGGGUGCUGCUCUUACUUUGUGUCUCUCUUGGUGGCUGCUUGCGUUUAUCAUAGGGCUUUAUAUUAUUCGGAGCCCUUCUUGCAGAAAAAGUUGGACUGGUUUUUCUCUUAAAGCUUUUAAGCUGAAAGGAUUGUGGACUUAUCUCAAGCUUGUGGUUUCUUCUGCUGCCAUGAUGUGGGUUUGCUCUUGCAGUGUAUGUUUUAUCAGAGAUGCUUCCGAACUCUACCAUUGCAGUGGACUCUCUUUCCAUUUGCAUAAGUGCAGUGUGAGAGUUGGAAAUGAACUUGGGGCUGGAAAUGCAAGAGUGGCAAAAUUGUCAGUCGCAGUAUGUAAUGGAAUUGGCUUUCUGAUAUGCUUCAUUUUAGCUGCGAUUGUUUUGGCGUUUCGCGUGGCCCUAGUCAAACUCUAUUCCGCUGAUUCCCAAGUUAUUCGAGUCACUUCCUCUUUGUUUCCCCUUAUUGCCCUUUACUUUCUCAUCAAUGGCAAUCACUUUGUCCUCUUUGGCCAAGCAAUUGGAAGUGGACGACAAGCCAUAGUGGGUUGGAUGAAUUUGGUUAUUUAUGCUAUUAGCUUCGCUCUUGCCUACUUUCUUGGCUUCAAAACCUCUUUAGGACUUGCUGUGGAAAAAGCUGCGGCUCGUCUGCAAAAUUCUGCAGAUGAAAAGAUUUUGAAUGACUUGAUUGGUGAUUAAUAUUUAAUUAGUAUUCAAAUCAAACAAUCAAUUGAUUAAUUGAUCGUCAUUUGUGAGAGAGUUAAUGGCUAUUAGGAAAGCUGUAUGUUAAUUUGUGUUUCUGUUGGAUGGCCUGUGGCUGUGUUCAAUUUGCAGGAUAUCUUUGAUUUCCAUUUGAUUUGUGUUUGUUAAAUUGUUUCCUUUUCUGAUUCAUUGGUUGUAAAUUGUAAUUAAUAAGUGUGUUUUAUUGGUUUGAUGAUUGAUUA